GAAGCAUCCCUGCUCAACCAAGAGUUUGCCGAGGUCUGGGGCCAGAAGGCCAAGGAACUGUACGACCCCAUCUGGCAGAACUUCACCGACCCAAUACUGCGAAGGGUCCUCAGUGGCGUGCGCAUUCUGGGCCCUGCCAACCUGCCCCUGGAGAAGCGGCAGCAGUACAACUCUCUGCUAAGCAACAUGAACAGGAUCUUCUCCACCGCCAAGGUCUGCUACCCCAACAGGAAUGACACCUGCGGGUACCUGGACCCAGACCUCAUGCAUGUCCUGGCUGUCACACGAAACUACGGCCUGCUGCUGUAUAUCUGGGAGGGCUGGCACAAUGCAGUGGGCAUCCCACUGAAACCCCUAUAUGAGGAAUUCACUGCUCUCAGCAAUGAGGCCCACAAGCAGGAUGGCUUUGCGGACACGGGGGACUACUGGCGCUCCUGGUAUGAGUCGCCCACCUUCGUGGAGGAUCUGGAGCACCUCUACCAACAGUUAGAGCCCCUCUACCUGAACCUCCAUGCCUACGUCCGCCGCAGGCUGCACCAUCGCUAUGGGGACAGAUACAUCAACCUCAGGGGACCCAUCCCUGCUCACCUGCUGGGGGACAUGUGGGCCCAGAGCUGGGACAACAUCUAUGACAUGGUGGUGCCUUUUCCUGACAAGCCCAAUCUUGACGUCACCGACAGGAUGGUACAGAAGGGCUGGAACGCGACACACAUGUUCCGGGUGGCAGAGGAGUUCUUCACCUCCCUGGGGCUCUUGCCCAUGCCUCCUGAGUUCUGGGCAGAGUCCAUGCUGGAGAAACCAAACGACGGGCGUGAGGUGGUGUGCCACGCCUCCGCCUGGGACUUCUACAACAGGAAGGACUUCAGGAUCAAGCAGUGCACACGGGUCGCUAUGGACCAGCUUUCCACUGUGCAUCAUGAGAUGGGCCAUAUCCAGUACUACCUGCAGUACAAGGACCAGCCUGUCUCCCUGCGCCAGGGUGCCAACCCUGGUUUCCACGAGGCCAUCGGGGAUGUGCUGGCCCUCUCCGUAUCUACCCCUGCACAUCUGUACAAAAUCGGCCUGCUGGACCAAGUUGUCAACGACACGGAAAGUGACAUUAAUUACUUGUUAAAGAUGGCACUGGAAAAAAUUGCCUUCCUGCCCUUCGGCUACUUGGUGGAUCAGUGGCGUUGGGGGGUCUUUAGUGGACGUACCCCCCCUUCCCGCUACAACUUUGACUGGUGGUAUCUUCGAACCAAGUAUCAGGGCGUCUGUGCUCCAGUUGUCCGAAAUGAAACGCACUUUGAUGCUGGAGCUAAGUUUCACGUCCCACAUAUGACACCAUACAUCAGGUACUUUGUGAGUUUUGUCCUGCAGUUCCAGUUCCAUCAAGCCCUGUGCAAGGAGGCAGGCCAUGAGGGCCCACUGCACCAGUGUGACAUCUACCAGUCCACCAAGGCAGGGGACAAGCUCCGGGAGGUGCUGCGGGCAGGCUCCUCGAGGCCCUGGCAGGAGGUGCUGAAGGAUAUGAUCGGCUCAGAUACCAUGGACGCUCAGCCGCUGCUCAACUACUUCCAGCCAGUCAGCCAGUGGCUACAGGAGCAGAACGAGCGGAAUGGCGAGGUCCUGGGCUGGCCAGAAUAUCAGUGGCAGCCCCCGUUGCCCAACAAUUACCCAGAUGACGUUGUCAUGGUGACCGAUGAAGUCACGGCCAGAGACUUUUUGGAGGAGUAUGAUAAGAAAUCGCUGAUAUUGUGGAAUGAGUAUACGGAGGCCAACUGGAACUACAACAUCAACAUCUCCUCGGAGACCAGCAAGAUCCUGCUGCUGAAGAACCUGCAGGUGGCAAACCACAGUGUCGAGUACGGCACGAAGGCCAGGCAUUUUGACAUUACCUACUUCCAAAACGCCACCAUAAAGCGGAUGAUACACAAGAUUCGGGACCUGGAGCGGGCAGCGCUGCCCCCCGAGGAGCUGGAGCAGUAUAACCAGCUGGUGAUGAACAUGGAGACCACGUACAGCAUCGCCUCUUUGUGCCUCCCCAACGGCACCUGUCUAAACCUAGAGCCCGAUCUGAUAAACCUGAUGGCCACAUCCCGGAAUUAUGAAGAACUGUUAUGGGCAUGGAAGGGCUGGCGAGACAAGGUGGGAAGAACCAUCCUCCUUUCUUUCCCCAAAUAUGUGGAGCUCUCCAACAAGGCUGCCCGGCUCAAUGGCUACGUAGACAUAGGGGACUCGUGGAGAUCUACGUACGAGAUGCCAACCCUGGAACAAGAACUGGAGGAGCUCUUCCAGGAGCUGCAGCCACUCUACCUGAACCUGCACGCCUACGUGCGCCGGGCGCUGCACCGCCACUACGGGCCCCUGCACAUCAACCUGGAGGGCCCCAUUCCCGCUCAUCUGUUGGGGAACAUGUGGGCACAGAGCUGGUCCAACAUCUAUGACUUGGUGAUUCCCUUCCCUUCAGCCCCCAAGAUGGAUGCCACGGAGGCCAUGAUAAAGCAGGGCUGGACACCCAGAAGGAUAUUUGAGGAGGCGAACAAUUUCUUCAUCUCCUUGGGGCUGCUGCCCGUGCCCCCGGACUUCUGGAACAAAUCGAUGCUGGAGAAGCCAACCGACGGGCGGGAUGUGGUAUGCCAUGCCUCUGCCUGGGACUUCUACAAUGGCAAAGACUUCAGGAUCAAGCAGUGUACCAGUGUGAGCAUGGAGGACCUGGUGGUGGCCCACCAUGAAAUGGGCCACAUACAGUAUUUCAUGCAGUACAAGCACUUGCCUAUCACCUUGCGGGAGGGUGCCAACCCUGGCUUUCACGAAGCCAUUGGGGAUGUGCUGGCCCUCUCGGCAUCUACCCCCAAGCACCUACACAGCAUCAACCUGCUGAGUAGCGAUGGUAACAGCUACGAGCAAGAUAUCAACUUUCUAAUGAAGAUAGCCCUGGACAAGAUCGCCUUUAUCCCCUUCAGCUACCUCAUUGACCAGUGGCGCUGGAGGGUGUUUGACGGAAGCAUCACCAAGGAGAACUACAACCAGGAGUGGUGGAGCCUCAGGCUGAAGUACCAGGGCCUCUGUCCGCCAGUAACCAGGUCUCAAGACGACUUUGACCCAGGGGCCAAGUUCCACAUUCCUUCAAAUGUGCCUUACAUCAGGUACUUCAUCAGCUUCAUCAUCCAGUUCCAGUUCCACGAGGCGCUGUGUCAGGCGGCUGGCCACAAGGGCCCCCUGCACCAGUGUGACAUCUACCAGUCCAAGGAGGCAGGGAAGCGCCUAGCGGAUGCCAUGAAGCUGGGCUACAGUAAGCCGUGGCCUGAGGCCAUGAAGCUGAUCACGGGCCAGCCCAACAUGUCGGCCUCGGCCAUAAUGAGCUACUUCAAGCCGCUGAUGGACUGGCUCCUCACUGAGAACGGGCGGCAUGGGGAGCAGCUGGGCUGGCCGCAGUACAACUGGACACCCGACUCCGCUCGCUCGGAAGGCUCCUUCGCAGGCAACGGCCGCGUCAACUUCCUGGGCAUGAACCUAGAGGAGCAGCAGGCCCGCGUGGGCCAGUGGGUGCUGCUCUUCCUGGGUGUCGCCCUGCUGGUGGCCACUUUGGGCCUCACCCAGCGCCUCUUCAGCAUCCGCCACCACCACAUCCACCGGCCCCACCGUGGGCCCCAGUUUGGCUCUGAGGUGGAGCUGAGACACUCCUGAGAUGAGCAGGCCGUGCUGGCCAGCUGGGGAGCACCUGCCACAGAGACACCGGGAUAGGGACCUGAGGUGGCCUGAAAACCCUGUACUCCUCUCACAGCUCCCCCUAGCCCACCCUCCUCCUCCUCCUGCCCUGUCCCUCCCCUCCUGCCUCCAGCCCUGCGCUGAGAAUCUGUCUUCCACACCCAGAGCCACCGUGACCCCUUCCCCCCAGCCCCUGGGCACCAGGCCACCUAACAAGGAACCCCCUCCCAGUCUCUCUUUGAAUACAAUUAAAGGUCCUGCCCUCCCAUCUGAGUCUGUGUCCCUCGCUGGGAAGCCAGGAACAGGGUCAGGGACGCUCUCCCUCCUCCUGGCACUCAGGCUGGUCAUUCAAUGGGCAUCUUCACCCUCCUCCAAGAAGGGCCUGGGAAAGUGCCCCAGAGCUCUGGCCCGGGCACCACCCAGCAGUGCCCACGCCUGUCUUCCCUCCAGCCCAGGCAACCAGCCGAUGUCCUGCCUUGGCAGUCAGCCCCUGCCUGGCCUGGGCACCAGCCCAGGAGGACUCUGGGAAGCAGACUUUCGGGACUUCCCGCCUCACAUUUCCAUGUGCUUUGGGAGUCCUACCCAAGCUGUUCCCAAAAAUGGCCAGGUCCCCAGGUUGGAGGCUCUCUUGGGGGACAUGCCUUGAGUGAGCCUGACUCGCUAAGGGUGCGGAACUGGCCUCGUGGCCACCUCAAGCUCCUUCCUACCUGUACCAGCUCCAUGUCCUCUUGUAUAAGUGGACAGAGCCACUUGAGUAUUGGCCAUGGGGCCCAUGGCCAGGUCCCUUUGCCCCAGCUGGAGAGGGGCCCUAAAUGCUGGAGCUUGGCAGUAGCCAGAGCCCACCCAGGAAUUAACUGCCCAGUGCUGCCCUACCUGUCCCCCCAGCACAUGCCCUCGCCCUGAGCCUCCCCUCGGAAGGCCAAUGUGGGUUUGAGGGACUAUCAUUUUGAGGAACACAUUUUUAUAACUUUUAACUACGUUUAUUGUAGAAAAUUUGUAAAAUCCAGAAAACUAUAAAGAAAUAAAAGCCCUUUAUAUCAACACCAAGAGAGGA